AGCAGCACUCCAGCAGUAGUAAAGUCUCAAACGGACGGCCCCUUUUCAGAACAAGCCUCGUCCGAAAAGUUGAUAGGGGAUGUCCGUUUCUACCGACGUGCGGUAAAACGGUUCUUUACUCUGGUUUUGGGCUGUAUGAGCGCGAGGAGAGCCGAAGUGCGUAUUUUUGGACGUGUUUUUGUCAAAUGAAACGACUGUGAAAUGGCAGUGGAAAUGCUACAUCCAAACCGUAUGCCUCCAUAGGUUAAACCCAAAGCUACGUUUCUGUGGACCUGUUAAGACUCGGCCUGCGUCAGAGCCCCGCGAUGUGGAUCUGCAUGGUUUACAAUGAGACGGACAGCAGCGUGGACUUGCGGCUCUGCCAGGACUACGGCCUCAUCCUGUCAAUCUUCUCCAUCAUCUACCUCCUUGUGUGCUUCCCUUUGGGGCUAUGCUACAACAUUCUGCUGGUCGUGGUCAACCUCUCCAACAAGGUGUCCAUGACCAUGCCAGAUGUUUAUUUCGUCAACAUGGCCAUCGCAGGACUCGUGCUCAACGUGGUGGCGCCUGUGGAAUUGCUUAGCUCCACCUUCACCCGCUGGCAUGCAUGGGAGUAUAACAACGAGGUCUAUAUCACCCUGCUCAUCCUGUUCAACAUCUCCUCCCUGGUCAUCAUGUAUUCAACCACGCUGCUCAGUCUGGACUACUACAUAGAGCGGGCGCUGCCUCGUACCUACAUGUCCAGUGUGUAUAACACUAAACAUGUGUGUGGGUUCAUCUGGGGCGGGGCUGUUCUCACUAGUUUCUCUUCGCUGCUUUUCUACGUGUGCAACCACAUCUCCACUAAGAUGGUUGAGUGCUCAAAAAUGCAGAACAAGGAGGCAGCUGACGCCAUCAUGAUGUUCAUCGGCUACGUUGUUCCAGCUGUGGCUGUUCUUUAUGCCUUUGUGCUCAUUUUGCGCAUCAGAAAGGAGUCUACACCUCUAGAUCAGGACUCAGCUCGCUUGGACCCUUCUAUCCACAGACUGCUGCUUGCCUCAGUCUGUGUUCAGUUUGUACUGUGGACUCCAUACUACAUGACCCUGCUGGUACACACUGUAGCCGGUGCACCAGGGUAUAUUAGCAACGCACAAUACCUACCUACCUAUUACUUCUUUAGAUGUGUGUCCAAACUGCUAGCUUUCUCCAGCAGUUUUGCAAUGCCUCUCAUGUACAGGCAGAUGAACAAAAACUUCUCCAGCAAGCUUCAGCGGCUUCUCAGGAGGCUGCACUGCAGAGACCAGUCCUGCUCUCAUGAACGCUCAACAGUGCAGCAAGUGGUGACGUGAGAUCUACUCCUUGGGGGAGGAUAGCAACCAACCACUCCUGCUCCCCUUUAUCCAACCUCUCUGCCCUAGCCGGCACUUAUCUCUUCCCCCCCGUAGAGCCAGUAUCCGACCGGGCUCCCUCACCGCUCUGGAGUGUGUUAAGAGCGAUGUAGCUGACUGUGGAAUUUCCUGUCACCUUCCAGAGCUUGAUGUGAUCUUUUCAGCUCUGCAGUGAGAGGACAAAUCAAGCAAAAAACCACUAAGUGCUAUUAUUAUUACUGUCACCAAGUGAAGAUCUCCACUAAGACUCUUUGGUUUUUUAUCUGAGUGUGGUGAAAUGGCCCAAUCAGCUAAAACCACACAGACAUUCAAUGACAUAUUAGCACUACAGCAUUGCAGUGUGUGCAGCUUCCCUGAUGUGUUCUGAAUAUUCUGCUGACGGUGUGCAAGUUUUGACUAAUGCUUGACUGCCUACAAUUCACUGUAGAGUAUCAAUAUGCUGCUAGAUACACUUUAAGUCCAAAAAAAAGAUUUAUUUACGAAUGAUGCAUGAUGUUUUGAACCUAACAUACAACAGAACAAGUAAGCUUAAACCUUGAAUUGUCAUUUAUUUUGUUUCUUAAGAGAACUAUAGAGGCCAUAAUCACUUGAAAGAAAAGACAGUUCUCCUUUUUACAGUUAGAAGUCCUUUUACAUCAAUGUGUUGGGGUGAAUCAUCACUAUUAUCAUAAUAGUUAUACUUCACAUGGUGUACUUUAACUGACUGAAUUGUAGCCUUAUUUCAACAGCUGUUUUUUCCUCUUUGAUGUAUGUACUUGUACACAGAGAUUUCUCAUUCAUUGGUAUGGUUUUGAUCAACAUACAGGCAAAAAAAGAGAUUAUUGUUGCAUAUUUUAUAAGCUCUACAACAUACAUAGCAGUACACAUAAAUAGACAUCAUCCAAACCAUUCAAGGUCACACGCAACUUCAUAAAUCUCUUCUAUGAAGCUUGUAUUCAGGGUUCACACAUAACCAGUAUACCUCUUGUGAUCUCAGAUGAAAUCACAUCACCGUAAGCAAUCCAGCUCAUUUCAAAGUCAGCUCACUCAUAUAAUGAUAGAGCGUCAACCCAGUAUGAGAUUUAUGAAGCAGUGCCUCCGCAGAGAAGCCCCACACAGGGUCAGUGAAGUCCCCAUGGGGGUCACACAGGGGCCCUGAGGAGGUGGCAUGUUCAUUCCUUGAAUUGUACAAGCACUUUUAGAGCAGAAGGGAUUUUUGUUCAUUGGAGAUAUGAGGCCUUACUGGGUCAGCUCCAAGGGCACCAUCAAAACCCUUCAUGAAGUAGAAAUCCAAGGCAGUCAGCAGUGUGUUGGAUGCAGUUUGUACUGCAGCGCUUCUCAGAUUGAUUAAACUACAGUUCUCUACACAUUAACAAAGGGGCUUUGCUUCCUUGCCUGACUCUUAGUAAGAACAGAACAGAGUUACAGUGAUAAACACCAAUUAUUGAAAAAAAAGGUUGAUUUUGCAUGAGGUCUGUGGCAUCACUGCAUCAGUUUAGAUUUGUAUUUGCUUUAUGAAAGCAAGGCCAGUCUUUAAGUCAUCCUGUGAAGCAGGGAAGGGUAUUCACUUGAAGAAGAAAAUUAGAGUGGGCAUGUUGUAUUUCACUCUGUUAACAAUAAAUGAUAGUAUGCUAUCUCUGUAGAUUGGAUUUUUUCACAAGUAUGCUUCACUUUCACUGUCAGUUGCAGAUUUAUACCAGAUGUACUAACACAUACUUGAUGAUUUUCAUGUAAAAAUGAAGAUUUUUAACAUAUCAGACUUAAUCAUACAUAUUAUGAUUAUCAGUAAUGUUUGAGUUAAAUAUGGACUAGUUUCCAAGUUUAAAUCUUUGGCUGCGUUGUCCCACCUUUGUAUCUACACUCACCCAUUGACAAAUACUGUUAGUUUUCAGCUGACGUUGUAUGUUUACAUUAUGUUACACAGUAUGUGCUGCCCCAUAAACAGGCUUGAAAGUGGCACAAUUAAUCAUUGUUUAAACUCAGUUCAAAGUCCAAAUGCUUAUAUUCAGAAUCAGUAGGCUAACAGUAGCAGUCAUAGGAGCAAUGGUUUCAAACUAAGUUGUUGCCUCUCUGUCUGUCUGAUGGAUGGAUUGCAUAACUUGGUGCCCUUUAUAGCAAUGAAUGUGCUCGCUUCAUACUGAGAGAUUGUUAAUCAAAAGUUCCCCCAUCAUUUUACUGGACAGCAACAUAUAAUAGUUAACAAAUAUUUGUUAAGUUCUCUGAUUAUAUGACAUUAAUAAGAUUAUAUUCCCAUUGGUAUGAGCCUAGGAGGCAUGCAGGAGCAUAUUUUGAUCAUGAAAUUUCAGAGAAUUAAAUUUCAUAUUUGAUCAUAAAUUGCACAACAAAUCAUGCACUGUCAUAAUCAUGUUGUUUUGUUUUUUCAUGCUAAUGAUUGAUUAUUUCCACCAAUACAUUGUUGCUGUCAUACUAAAUAAAUUGCAUAUUUUCAACAGCAAAAUCAAACCAGUUCACCUCAGCUCAUGCACCCAACUUUUAAGCAAACAUUACACAAAUUUUCUUUGUUUUUGUUUUUUUUAUUUAUAUAACGUGUUUGUCAUAAAUAUGUGGAGACCUUUAAGGAGAUAUUUGGCCUUGGUCAUAGUAAGCAACCCCAGCAUAUCGACUGACUGCACGAUGCACACACGUUGAAUGAUGUUCGAUGAAGGGGGUUCAUAUAACAACAAGCUCCAACCACUACUUUGCUCAGAGUUCCGUUUUUUCUAAACAGGAUUUACUCUUUCAUCACUGAAAAAACAAGUGAGUAAUAAUCCUCGAGUUCUGUUUAAUAUCUAAAAUAAACCCAAUGUCAAAACACCCAUAAAUAUAUCCAGAUAAAUUUAACUAUUCAAACAGCAAAACCUCAUCAGUCAGGUUAACCCACUUUCAUGUGAUACUGUUGUGACUGUGUAUGCAAGCAUUUCUGUAUAAUACAAAAUAAUUUGUAUAUAUUGUAUGUGAGAGAUAAAAAGGAAGAUAUGACACUCUUUCAAAAGUACAGUAUUAUUUUCUGAGAGAUUUAUAUUUAGAUUCUGUAAGUAAUCUGCUCCAUUGUCAUCCGAGUCAAAGACUGAUUAAACAAUAAACUAAU